AUGUCUGCCACAACCACCCCAACUGCCCAGCAGGUUCUCAUCCCUGAGACUCUCUUGAAGAAGCGCAAGAGUCAAGCCAAGGAGAGAGAGGCAAGAGCCGCUGAGACCGAGAAGGUCAAGAAGGUAUAUUACCACCCAACCCCAAUACCACAUGGCAUACUUUACGUCGAUGUUGUCCAACUUAACCAUCUUUCGGGUCUGACAAAAGUUCAACACAUGCAAUGGCCCAACAAGGAGAAGCGUGGUGUCAUCUUCAAGCGUGCUGAGAAGUACGUUAAGGAGUACCGUGAUGAGGAGCGUGAGAAGAUCCGUCUUGCUCGUGUCGCCAAGCAAUCUGGUUCUUUCUACAUCCCAGCUGAGCCUAAGUUGGUCUUCGUUAUCCGUAUCAAGGGUAUCAACAAGAUCGCACCAAAGCCCCGCAAGAUUCUCCAGCUUCUCCGUCUUCUUCAAAUCAACAACGGUGUCUUUGUUCGCAUGACCAAGGCUACCCUCGAGAUGCUCAAGGUCGUCGAGCCAUGGAUCGCCUAUGGUUACCCCAACCUCAAGACCGUCCGUGAGCUCGUCUACAAGCGUGGUUACGGAAAGGUCGACAAGCAACGCAUUGCUCUUACCGACAACUCCAUCAUUGAGGCUAACCUCGGCAAGUACGGUAUCGUCUGUAUGGAAGAUUUGAUCCACGAGAUCUUCACCGUCGGCCCCAACUUCAAGCAAGCUGCCAACUUCCUUUGGCCAUUCAAGCUCAGCAACCCAACUGGUGGUUUCCGCCCAAGAAAGUUCAACCACUACGUUCUUGGUGGUGACCUCGGUAACCGUGAGGAGAAGAUCAACGCUUUGGUCAGACAAAUGAACUAAAGCAUGCGAUUGGACUGGGGAUAUUUUUCUUUGGCUUAGCGUUUACUGGCAUGUAUGGCGUAUAAGAAACCAAAAGAAUGAUACACUUUUAUGAAAUAAUUGAUACCAUUUUGAUUUUAUUGCGAAACAACUCGUACUUCCU